AUGACCGUGAUCGUUUGCAGGGACUGGGUGGACUUGGCCUGGGCCAUCAGCUACUAUACCCGUUUCUUCAUCACCUACAUCCCUUUCUGUGGUGUCCUGGGAGCCAUCCUUUUCCUCAACUUCAUCAGGUUCCUGGAGAGCCACUGGUUUGUGUGGCUCACACAGAUGAAUUGCAUUGUCAUGGAGAUUGACGGAGAGCCCUACUGCGACUGGUUCAGCAGCCAGCUGGCAGCCACCUGCAACGUGGUGCAGUCCUUCUUCAAUGACUGGCUCAGUGGGCACCUCAACUUCCAGAUCGAGCACCACCUUUUCCUUACCAUGCCCUGGCACAACCUGCACAAGAUCGCCCCACUGGUGAGGUCCCUGUGUGCCAAGCAUGGCAUUGAGUACCCAGAGAAACCGCUGCUCUGGGCCCUGCAAGAUAUCAUCGGGUCCCUGAGGAAGCCUGGGCAGCUGUGGCUGGAUGCCUACCUCCACAAAUGA